UUUUUUUUUUCUGUCAAUUUUUUUUUCUUUCUUUCUUUCUUUCUUUCUUCCCGCCAAAUCCAAGUUUCUCCCCUCCCCCCUCCCCACUCUCUUAUUUAUACAUUAUUAUGACUGCUCAAGAAGAAAUCCCUACUCACCCAGUUCCUGAACGUUUGUUAUCUUCAGCCUGUCCAACUCCUCAUGUCGAUUCUUUGGAUACUUAUAGAAAACUUUGGAAGGAAAGUGUAGAAGAUCCUGAUAAAUUUUUUGGUGAUCGUGCUCGUGAAUUGUUAACUUGGUCUAAACCUUUUCAAACUGUUCGUCACGGUUCCUUAGAAGAAGGUGAUGUUGCCUGGUUUUUGGAAGGUGAAAUCAAUGCUUGUUACAAUGCUGUAGAUCGACAUGCUUUGAAGAAUCCCGACAAGGUUGCCAUUAUUCAUGAAGGUGAUGAACCUGAUCAAGUACGCAAGAUCACGUAUGGCGAAUUAUUACGACAAGUCAGUCGUGUGGCUAAUGUAUUGAAGAAUUUGGGUGUGCGUAAAGGGGAUAAUAUUGUUGUAUAUAUGCCUAUGAUUCCCGAAACUUUGGUGGCUCUGUUGGCUUGUGCUCGUGUGGGUGCUGUACAUUCCGUUGUUUUUGCUGGUUUUUCUGCUGAAUCUUUACGUGAUCGUGUAGUAGAUUCAUCUGCACGUAUUAUCUUGACUUCUGAUGAAGGUCGUCGUGGUGGAAAGAACAUUGCAACCAAGCGCAUCGUGGACGACGCUUUACGUGAUCAUCAAACUCAUGUUGAACAUGUUGUGGUUUUUCAACGUACUGGCACUCCUGUCCCUUGGGUUGAAGAUCGUGAUGUCUGGUGGCAUGAAGAAACUGCAAAAGUACGAUCAUUCUGCCCUCCUGAACCUAUGAAUGCCGAAGAUCCUUUGUUCUUACUCUACACCUCUGGUUCCACUGGUACUCCUAAAGGCAUUCAGCAUUCCACUGGUGGUUAUAUGCUUGGUGCUAUGAUGACUCUCAAGUAUAUCUUUGAUUAUCAUGAAGAUGAUGUGUAUGCUUGUAUGGCUGAUGUUGGAUGGAUCACUGGUCAUACUUAUCUUACUUAUGGUCCUCUUUUGAAUGGUGCAACCACUGUGGUAUUUGAAUCUACUCCUACUUAUCCAAACCCCUCUCGGUUCUGGGAUUUGAUUCAAAAACAUAAGAUCACUCAAUUCUAUACCGCUCCUACUGCUAUUCGUGCCUUACGUCGUUUGGGUGAUCAAUGGUUGGAAGGUUAUGAUUUAUCAAGCUUACGCGUCAUUGGUUCAGUCGGUGAACCCAUCAACCCUGAAGCUUGGGAUUGGUAUAAUGAAAAGGUUGGCAAGAAACAAUGUGCUGUUGUUGAUACCUACUGGCAAACUGAAACUGGUUCCAUCAUCAUCAGUCCUUUACCUGGUGCUACUCCUACCAAACCUGGUUCUGCCACCUUGCCCUUCUUUGGUAUCAAGCCUGUUAUUCUCGAUCCUGCUACUGGCAAGGAAUUGAAUCAAGUGGAUGAAACUGGUGUUCUUGCCAUUUCUCAACCUUGGCCCUCUAUGGCUAGAACUGUUUAUAACAAUCAUCAUCGAUUCUUGGAAACUUAUUUGAAACCUUAUCCUGGUUACUACUUCACUGGUGAUGGUGCCUCUUUGGAUAAGGAUGGUUAUAUCUGGAUUCGUGGACGUGUGGAUGAUGUUAUCAACGUUUCCGGUCAUCGUUUAUCAACUGCCGAAAUCGAAUCUGCUCUUGUACAUCAUGAAGCUGUUGCUGAAGCUGCUGUCAUUGGUGGUCAUGAUGAUUUGACUGGUCAAUGUAUUCAUGCCUUUGUUUCUUUGAAACCUCAUUUGGAUACUGCUGAUGGUUUGGAAAAAGAAUUGACUUUACAAGUACGUAAGAUCAUUGGUCCCUUCGCCUCUCCCAAACGUAUUUAUGUGGUUCAAGAUCAUCCCAAGACUCGUUCUGGCAAAAUCAUGCGUCGUAUUUUGAGAAAGAUCGUUAAUGGUGAACAAGAUCAAUUAGGUGAUAUCUCUACUUUGGCUGAUCCUAGUGUUGUGAUGGUCUUAAUUGAAAAGGUUCAUGGUCCCAAAAAGAAUUAAACUUUCCCUCCUGUCAUUCAUUUUAUUUCCACACUAUAGUUUUAUAUACUCAUUAUAUCUGAUUUAGUCUUUUUUUUUUUUUACUACGUAUUAUAAUCUUCUCAUCCCUUCCUGUGUUUUAUAUAUUCUUUAAUAAAGAAAACUAUUUAAAAAAAAGGAUGUAUCCUUUCGAAUACCAA